AUGAAAAAUUUUAAUUGAAGAAAUGGAACCUGGAAAUUAUACAAGGGUGACAGAAUUUAUCCUCACUGGCCUAUCACAGACUCGGGAGGUGCAACUAGUCCUAUUUGUUAUAUUUCUAUCCUUCUAUCUGGUCAUUCUGCCAGGGAAUAUCCUUAUCAUUUGUACCAUCAGGCUUGAUGCCCAUCUCACUUCUCCCAUGUAUUUCCUGUUGGCUAACCUGGCCUUUCUUGAUAUUUGGUACUCCUCCAUUACAGCCCCCAAAAUGCUUGUGGACUUCUUUGUGGAAAGAAAGACGAUUUCCUUCGGUGGGUGCAUUGCACAGCUCUUCUUUUUGCACUUCGUUGGGGCCUCAGAGAUGUUCCUGCUCACAGUGAUGGCAUUUGACCGCUAUGCUGCUAUCUGCCGCCCCCUCCACUAUGCUACCAUCAUGAAUCGACGUCUCUGCUGUGUCCUGGUGGCUCUCUCCUGGGUAGGGGGCUUCAUUCAUUCCAUAAUACAGGUGGCUCUCAUUGUUCCACUGCCUUUCUGUGGACCUAAUGAAUUAGACAGUUACUUCUGUGACAUCACACAAGUUGUUCGGAUUGCUUGUGCGAACACAUUCCUAGAGGAGUUAGUGAUGAUCUUCAGCAGCGGCCUGAUCUCUGUGGUGUGUUUCAUUGCUCUGUUAAUGUCCUAUGCUUUCCUCCUAGUCAUGCUCAAGAAACAUUCAGGCUUAGGUGAGAGUACCAAGAAGGCCACAUCCACCUGCUACUCCCACAUCACCAUAGUGGUGCUAAUGUUUGGGCCAUCCAUCUACAUUUAUGCUCGCCCGUUUGACUCUUUUUCUCUAGAUAAAGUGAUAUCUGUGUUUCACACCGUGAUAUUCCCUUUGCUUAAUCCAAUCAUCUACACAUUGCGAAACAAGGAAGUAAAGACAGCCAUGAGGAAGUUGAUAAACAGAUAUAUAUUAUGUAAAGAGAAGUGA